AUGAAGUGGGAAAUUCUCGAUGCUGCAUCCACAAAACGAGUUAUCAGCCAGCAGAGCAAAGAAGGCAAUGUGUGUCAAUCUACUGAAUGUAAAAAUGCUGCCUCCAUAAUUCUAGAGAGUAUCGACCCUACAGUAGAUCGGUGUGAUGACUUUUAUGAAUUUGCCUGUGGUAAUUUUUUGAAAACCGCAGUAAUUCCGAAAAAUGAAACGUUUGCAGACAGAUACAGUUCGCUCUAUAAAAAAAAUAUGGAGCAAUUAAAGCGUAACAUUGAAGAGCCGGUUCAAUCCAACGAUCCAAAAUCCAUCACAAUAUCAAAAAACUUUUACAAUGCUUGCAUGGAUGAAAAUGCAAUUGAGAAAAAUAGUAUCGAGACGGCUUUAGCUAAAUUGAACAAAUUAGAGGGCUGGCCCCUAUUGGAAGGAAACUCGUGGGAAGAGAAAAACUUUGAUUGGACGCAGACGACUUAUGAGAUGCAAAAUCUGGGCUUUAAUACGUUUUUCUUCUUCGCUUCCGAUGUUAUUGGUACUAUUUAUUUAAACGAAUCGAGAAGUGUGCUAUGUAUUGACCAACCAUUUCUUUCUCUUGAGAGCCAAGUUUUAGUGAAAGGGCUCAGCGACCCUGUCGUCGCUGCCUACUACAAUUUUAAGGUUGAUGUAGCUGUUAUCUAUGGUGCAAAUAGAACUGAGGCUGAAGAAGAAAUGAAGGAAAUAGUCGAAUUUGAAAUUCAUCUCGCCAGUAUCUCCGUUACUCAAGAAGCUAGGAUGAAUGCACCUACUAACGAUAAGCUUACUCCAUUAAAAGAUCUGGCAAAACAAUAUCCAUCUAUUCCCUGGAAAGAAUACUUCAACGAAUACCUAAAAAUAGUCUCGGUGGUUAUUGAUGACGAUGAGCUGAUACAAGUGAAUCAGCCUCAAUAUUUCCAGAAAUUCGAAGCAUUGAUUAAAGACACCCCAAAAAGGGUGCUGGCUAAUUACAUGUUGUGGCGAGCAAUUGAGGAAAUGGUACCUUACUCAAAUGAAAAAAUUAGAAGUAGCCAAAAAAAGUAUGCAACUGUACGCUAUCCCAGUAUAGCCCAGAUUCAAGUUAGAUGGCGGGAAUGCCUUGAGAUGGCUGCAUCUCUUAAUGCGAUAGGAGCCAGUACUGGUGCUCUAUAUGUCAGGAACAACUUAAACCAAGCAUCUAAGAAAAGUGUAGAAGAAUUAACAGUCGAUUUGAAAGAACAGUUUAGCAACAUUUUAAAAGAGUCCGAAUGGAUGGAUGAAAAAACGAGGACAAUUGCUUUGGACAAACUUAAAUUUUUAAAAAACUUCAUUGGAGCUCCUGAAGAGCUUCUUGAUGAAAAGCUUCGUGAAGAAUACUACAAGCCCUUGAAAAUAAACCCGAAUGAGUUCCUUCAAGCAUAUUUAAACUUGAGUAAGUUCCAGCAUCGUCUUAUAGCGGGUCUAUUGAGGAAGCCUUCAAACACAUCAGAUUGGAUUUUGUUUGUAAACUAUAAAACUGUCGAUACAACCGCUGCGUAUGACGAAGAUAACAAGAUCUAUAUCUCUGCUGGAAUUUUGCAAGACGUUUUCUUUAAUGAGAAUAGACCUCAGUAUCUGAACUACGCUGGAAUUGGUUCGUUUGUUAUUGGAAAUACAAUCACAAGAGCUUUCGAUAAAGAUGGUGGCAAAUUUGAUAAAAAUGGAACACCUAAAAAUUGGUGGCCUCCAGAAACGGCAAAGAAAUUUCAUAAAAAAUCUGCUUGUAUUAGUGAGCAGUAUAAAAGUUUUACUCUGAAAGAAGGUGGCCUCAAAGUGAAUGAUACAAGAACGGAAGACAAAAACAUUGCUGACAAUGGGGGCGUAAAACUUUCGUAUUUAGCGUAUCAAAAUUGGGUGAAACGUCACGGCCCCGAACCCACAUUGCCCGGAUUAAACUAUUCCCAAUCGCAGCUUUUCUGGAUUCAAACAGCGAUCACACAGUGUGCCAAAUAUAGCCCAGGCUAUCUCAAAAGUGCCGAUUCGGACAGUGUUAAUCAAUUAAUCAAGGAAUUUGACGCUCCUUCAGAAUACAGAGUCAAAGGUGUAUUUUCCAACAGGCCAGAAUUCGCCAAGGACUUUAAUUGUCCAGUGGGUUCCAAAAUGAAUCCAGUUAAAAAGUGUUCCGCAUGUACACAAGGAAAAUCGCAGAAAAACCCAUGUAUAGUACAGUGGAUACAAAAUCCGAUACCAUCCAGUCCAAUCCUAUCUUUCGCGAAUAACAGUAUCGGACCAGUUUCCGUGUGA